GGCGAGGCGAAAACGAAUUUAUCACGUCGAAGACCUCUAACUGUAUAUGUGGGAGUCUAUAUCAUACAACUUAGUCAAAUGUCUUUCCUUUUGAAACGGCUGCAAGUCGAACCCGACGAUAAAUAAAAUUACUCGCCCAAUACGGAUUUUACUCGCAUGAUACGGUUUUUUUCACGGCGUCAUGUGACCAAGAUCUGACCAAUCAGAUUUCAACAAUUUUGUCUGAGGCGUGAUAAAAGUAUAUAUGGAAAUUAUCACUUAAAUACUUCAGUUAUAGACAUUAUAACUUUACUGUCUAUAAUAAUGUAUAAGGAAUUAUCUAUUUUAUUACUGGGACUAAUUUGCCAACUGCCAUCGACAGAAUGACAUUGAAAGGAUUGUCAAUAUUGUAUUUUGGUAGUUUUGUCCCUGUGUUAUCGUUCGACAACUCUACUAUUUGUAAUAAUAAAAAAACGGGAGAGAACAAGUGUUGUACCGACUAUAGGAAUGUUUCUGGCAGUUGUGAACCUUGUAUUGGUUCCUGGGGAAAUGAUUGUGCAUAUAGCUGUGAGUUUGGGUUCUACGGACACGGGUGUCGUGAGAAGUGUAACUGUAGUAAGAAUCAAGUGUGUAUCCCAACAAGUGGGUGUGUAGAGAUCUCUGAUACAGAAGAAAUCUUGGUACCGAAGCAAAGUGGAUUCGGGAAUGUGCUAAACAUAGAAAUCAUCAUCAUAGGUGUGGGUGGCGUGAUUUUCUUAUCUUUGACUGGGGCGGUUUUGUUUGUACAACUCAAACUGAAUGAUAUAUUUAUUAGGAAACAAAAUAGAACGACUGGAAAGAUAACCGAAUCAGUAGCUUCAGGCAAUAGUUGUACAUUCCAGCGUGAACAAACAGAAUACAUUUAUGAUGAUGUGAGAGAAUCUCAAAUGAUUGAAAAUAUAGAUAUUCGUCUCUCCGGAAGGAAUGGUUUUCUAAGAAACAAUCCGGUAUUUAACAAACAAAUGAAGCACUGUAGAAGCUUACCAAGACAACACCAUAAUCAAUGGCGUGAUCAAUUAACUCGCUCUAGAACUUUAACCCCGCAACAUUAUGGAAGACAUAACAUAACAUCGGAUAACUACAAUCAUCUAGAUUUUGAUAAAAACUCAAACGAUGAUGAUCGGGUGUUCAAUGACGAGGAGGAGGAUAAUGCUUUUACCGUGCACAGAUCCGACAUAUUGAAGUCUAACAAUAAUUGUCGCCCGUAUAGUUCUGUUAAAUACAACCGUAAAGUGGACACAGAAUAAACCCCCAAACAGAUGCCUAAUUGAGAAAUAUAGUCACAUGAAGUAUGCAAAUUAUUUAAUACUUACAUUAUGUAAUUGAUUGGAGUCGCUUCGUUGUGUCACCCUGAUGGAUUAAUGUGAUAUCGUUAUAUACAUGUAUUUGCAAGUUGUUGCCAAAUAAAAAAAAACACUAUAUAUUUCAACGUUUUCAUAGCAAAUUCCUGUGAAAAUAUCAAUUUCUACAAGUCAUGGGUUCAGGCUUUCGUAUUUUUUCUCUGGAAAAGCAACAGGUUCCUGACCAUCUAUAAGCUAUUUAAAUUAACGUAGGGUACAAAUUUAUUGUUUCAUAUAGCGGAAUAGAACGUCAAGUCUGUUGGGACCAAG